CUUCCAGUUGUGAGGAGUGCAGUGCCUGUGGAUGGAAGAUUCGAGCAUAUAGUUCUUUCUUGUAAUGCGACUUCCGACCAUGCGAUUAUCUGCAUAGAGAGAGAAGCUGCAACGGCUUUGGAAUUGAUGCAAGAGAAAGACGAGAGCUUGGCGAUCCCUUCGGAACAGAAGAUGGAGAGGCAACAAACACUGGUGAGAGAGCACAAUGAGGAACACAAGGCUGCUUUACGAAGAGCUGUUACUUUGGCAGUUCCCCAUGCUUUUCCGCCUUCUGAUUAUGGAACCUUCAAUGACUGAUGAUGAUGAUUCCAACCAUUCAUCAUCCAAGACCAAAGAGAGCUGGGACCAGCUGAUCCAACGCCUUUUUGAAAAGGAUGAAUCCGGCCGCAUGCUGCUAAAUAAAUCCCUUGUUGAUGAUUGACGUUGUAUUCUUCAUCUCUGCAGAGUUUUGUAGUAAUAUUUUUGUUCCCACAUUUAUCUGUACAUGACGUCAUAAUUUUCUGGGACUGCUCUAUGUUUUUGUCUCCAUAUGUAAAUUAAUUUGUACUAGUAUUUUUCUGAAGUUCAAAUUUAAUAAUGUCUUUAUAAAUUUGAGCCUAUUUGCAUAAAAAAGUAUAUAAAAAAAAAGUAUAGAAAUUGGGUUUACCAGUGCUCUCACAUUCAAUUAAAGAAAAAUUAAUUUGAAAUUACAAGUUUUUUUUUUAAAUUUGUUUUUCAGGGAUAAAUAAAAAGUACACAUGAUUGGAACGAAAUCGCUAAAUCAGCUAAACGACUUUGGUUGAAGAGGAAGGGAAAUAUUGAGGCCGCGCUUUCACAGGAAAUCGAUUCAAUUAUUCGUAGUCUCUUUGCACUUCACAAAUACAAUGGUGACCAAUCUCGCAUUUAUUCGCUUCUUCUUGGUGGCAGUGACGUUCGGUGGCUCUUCCGCCUUGCAUACCCCAAAGGAAUUGCAAACAAAAGAGAUGAUUCAUGACCGAAUUAUUCAACUGGGCCAUUCAGUGCAGCCUAAAAGUAUUGAUCCAUCGCAAGUCAUUCAGCUGUCCUGGCAACCAAGGGUCUUCUUGUAUAGAGGCUUUCUAUCAGUGGAGGAGUGUGAUUAUCUGAUUUCUUGGGUUCAUACCAUGCGAGGCAACAAUUUACCAAUUGUUGACACGAACAAUGUACGAGAUGAUAUUGGCAUCUCAGUGGAUGCAGAUGAUGAGAUUGCUAGAAGGAUUGAGGAAAGAAUUUCUGCUUGGACUUUUCUUCCCAAAGAGAACAGCAAAUCUUUGUCAAUUCUGCACAUUGUGCCUGAACCAUCUAAACAAGAUUAUCAUUACUUUGAUACGAAAUCUGUGGAGCAAGUUGGUGAACCUUUACUGGCAACAGUUAUUUUGUAUCUCUCAAAUGUCAGUCGGGGAGGAAAAUUACUUUUUCCCCCAGUCAAAGAGUGAUGUAUGGUCUGAUUGCACAAAGAAUAGCAAUAUCUUAAGACCUAGUAGGGGAAAUGCUAUUGUGUUCUUCAAUCUACACCUUAAUGCAACUCCUGAUUGGAGUAGUCACCACAGCUCGAUGUCCUAUCCUCCAGGGCGAUUUGUGGUUCGCCAUCAAAUUCUUUUAUCUGAAAAGCAUCAGCACUAGGAUGAAUCUGCCUCAACCAGGAUGAUGCUGAUUGCACCGAUGAGGAUGAAAAUUGUCCUGACUGGGCUGCCAUGGGUGAGUGCCUAAAAAAUUCUGUUUUCAUGGUUGGUUCUCCUGAUUACUAUGGGACGUGUAGGAAGAGCUGCAACGCGUGCUAAUUUUGAUUGCUCGAUUACUAUGGGACAUGUCGGAAGGAGUUAAAACGACACGGUUGACAGAGUAAUAUAUUUUUCUUGUAUUAGUUUUUCCUAGACACUCACAGAAAUUAUGUACAGUUAGUUUAUUAAGUUGAAGUAUGUAUUUCUGUGAGCCUACAUAUAGGAAGGCAGAAAUAUAAUAGUCUCUUGUAUUCAAGGUGAACUAUGUAUGUCCAA